AUGGCCACUGGCGGUGAGGUCUCAGCAGACGUGAAAACGGUGGCAGACCGGAUGCAGAGCAUACGAGGCCCGAGGAGGCCGGUGUCCGGCGGAUAUGCGGCAGCGCCAGACGUGCCAGAGGUGAACAAGUGGAAGGCGAUCAAAACGCCUGAGGGGCACACUUACUACUACAACUCCAGGACGCGGGAAUCCACCUGGGAGCGGCCGGUCGAACUGGGAGGACCAGUGGUAUACGCAGUUGGUGACGAAGUAGAAGUGUGGAGCAACGGGAUGCGAGCGUGGGGAAAAGGAAAGGUGCAGCAAGUCAAAGAUGGGAAGGUCAUUGCCGAGUUCUCCCUGCGUGACGGGAGUUUUGCUCGCAAGGAGAGUUGCCCUUGCAGCACAAAGACCUGCGGCCGAUCUCGGAUGCCAAAUCCGAGUAUACGACGGAAGAGCAGGAGGCGUACCAGAAGUGGUUCGCCGCCAUUGAAGGAGGCUCUUCGGCCUCGAAACCCGCCAAGCCCAGCGCGCAGUUCCUCUGGAAGUCUGGGCUGCCCCGGGAAGCCUUGA